AUGCACUUCUUCACCCUUUUUGUCCACGGUAUCUUGGCCGCUGGAACCUUGGCAUUUCGAGGCCAAAGAAUCCGACGCCAGGAUGGCACUGUCGAUCCUGGACAGCCUUCCGACUGCACUUGGUGGGAAACCAAGGAGGAGGACUACCAAGACUGUGAUUAUCUUGCAGAUGGCUGGCAUUUGACGCACAAGAAAUUCCUCGAAUAUAACCCUACUGUCAAGGAUGAUUGCUCCGGUAUGAAGUUUGGCCACUCAUACUGUGUUGAGGUCAAUAAUGGCAAUCCUCGCCCAGGUGAACCCUCUUCAACAACCACUUCAGCUGUCCAGGCCUCACCCACCAAGGACUCCAAGCCAAGUCCUACCCAGGACAAGCUGAUCAAUACCUGUACAAACUUCUACCAGGCCAAGAAGGGAGAUACAUGCCCUAAGAUCAUCGCGGAGUACAAGGACACAUUCAACUCUGCCGACUUGCUCAAGUGGAAUCCCGCUAUUGGUGAUGACUGCAGUGGCAUCUGGGCCAACUACUGGUAUUGUGUUGGUGUUCCUGGAACACCUACCGCUGCCCCGACACGCACGGCUGAGUCUACGGCUAAGCCAACAGGCGAUAAGAAGCCUAGCCCCACUCAAGAAGGCUUGAUCGACACCUGUACCUCUUUCCAUAUGGCCACCAAGGGCGAGACUUGCAAAAGUAUUAUUUCUACCUUUGGUACAUUCGACUUUGCUACCUUUUUUAAGUGGAAUCCCGCUAUUGGUGAUGACUGUAGUGGCAUUUGGGCCAACUACUGGUACUGUGUUGCCGUUCCUGGAACCCCUACUGCCAAUCCUUCUAUAAUUUCCACCAAGCCUGCAGGCACUGGUAUUCCAACCCCUUCGCCUAUUCAGGAGGGUAUGGUUAAGAACUGUAUUAAGUUCCACCCAGUUUCGAAGACUACUACUUGCGAUUCUAUUGAGAAGUACUAUAAGCUCUCAUUUGCCCAAUUCUUCGCAUGGAACCCGGCGGUUGGCGAGGACUGCAGUGGCCUCUGGGCCAACUACAACGUCUGCGUUAGCGUCAGAGGGUACAAGCCAUCCACAACAACGAUAACCGCCAAGCCUACCACGACGAAGCCUACGAAUGGUAUCUCGACUCCAUCACCCAUCCAGGACAAUAUGGUUAAGAGCUGUGAAAAGUUCCACCAGAUUAAGUCUACUACUACCUGCACUUCUAUUGAGAACUACUAUAACCUUCCUCUCUCGACUUUCCUUUUGUGGAACCCAGCUGUUGGUAAGGACUGCACUCACCUACUCACCGGCUACUGGGUCUGUAUUGCAACUAUCGGUUGGAAUCCUCCUACCAAGACUAUCACCAAGGCUUCUACUACAGCCAAGUCUCCUAACGGCAUUUCAACACCUCCACCAAUCCAAACUGGUAUGGUUGGUAACUGUAGAAAGUUCCAUAUGGUGAAGUCUACUACGACAUGUGACUCGAUCCAGAAGUAUUAUAAAAUUACAAUGGCUCAGUUACUUAAGUGGAACCCAGUGAUUGGGUCUAAAUGUACCGGCCUUUGGGCUAAUUAUAAUGUGUGUGUUGGUGUUUAG